AUGUCCGAAGGCGACGCAAAGAAGGGUGCCGGUCUGUUCAAGACGCGUUGUGCACAAUGCCACACUGUUGAGAAGGGUGGUCCGCACAAGGUCGGACCGAACCUCUUUGGUCUCUUUGGCCGUAAAACAGGACAGGCAGAGGGCUACUCCUACACCGCUGCGAACGUCAACAAAGGCAUCACCUGGGAUGAUACCACCCUCUUCGAGUACCUCGAGAACCCGAAGAAGUACAUCCCUGGUACGAAGAUGGCGUUCGCUGGGUUGAAGAAGGAGAAGGACAGGAGGGACUUGAUCGCGUAUUUGAAGGAGUCGGAUAAAUAA